UCAACAGCAAACAAUUUCAAUCAACCAAGUUAGAGCGCAUGUUUUUAGUGAAAUAUUGUUAUAAAUAACCACACAAAAAUUCCUAGCAACACAAAAUUAUUAGCAACAGAAGCAAAUGUUGGUUCAAUAAUCCGACGCGCCCACAAAUGUCUACACAUACAUACACACCGUCGAGCAUCAGCUAAGCCCAAAUAUAGCCAUAAAAUAGCAAAUUUAGUGGACCAUUCACCUUAAUUGGUUUGAUUGCAGCUAAAUCCACGUUGAUAAGGAUAUAAAGAAACAAAUAAAUCAACGGCAAGCAACGGUUGGAUAAUUUAAAAAUAAUUGAAUUGAGUGCAUAAAUGUAUGGCAGAGCGUCCAAUGCGGUGCCACAUGAACGUAUACGUGUGUGCUUUUGUACAGAUUUGGACAAAUCAGUUUUGGUGAACAAUUUUGAGAAACGCGGUUGGACACAAGUAAGCCCCGAUGAUGAUUGGAAUUUCUAUUGGGCGAGUGUACAGACAUGUCGGAAUAUUUUCAGCGUCGAUAGCGGCUAUCGCAUGCACGACAAUCAAAUGAUUAAUCACUUUCCCAAUCACUAUGAGUUGUCGCGCAAGGAUUUGCUGGUGAAGAAUAUCAAGCGCUAUCGCAAGGACCUCGAACGUGAAGGCAACCCGUUGGCGGAGCGCUCUGAGCCCACUGCUGCGGGAGCACCGCGCUAUGUUUAUUUGGAUUUUGUGCCCAUCACCUUCGUUUUGCCGGCAGAUUACAACAUGUUUGUUGAGGAGUAUCGAAAAAAUCCACAAAGUACUUGGAUUAUGAAGCCGUGCAGCAAAUCGCAAGGUGCUGGCAUUUUUCUCAUAAAUAAACUAUCGAAAUUGAAACGCUGGUCACGUGAAGCAAAAGGCCCGUUCCAUCAGCAAUUGUCCAAGGAGAGCUAUGUAAUUUCCAAAUACAUUGACAAUCCAUUACUUAUUGGUGGCAAGAAAUUCGAUUUACGGCUCUACGUGCUAGUCACCUCAUUCCGCCCACUAAAGGCUUAUCUAUUCAAGCAAGGUUUUUGUCGCUUCUGCACAGUCAAAUAUGAUACAAGCGUCACUGAAUUGGACAAUAUGUAUGUGCACUUGACGAAUGUGAGCGUGCAAAAACAUGGCGGUGAAUACAACAACUUGCAUGGCGGCAAGUGGUCGGUACAGAAUUUGGCACUCUAUUUGGAGGGCACACGCGGUAAGGAAGUGACGGAUCGCCUUUUCGGCUCCAUUGCCUGGCUGAUUGUUCAUUCAUUGCGCGCUGUGGCGCCGGUGAUGGCCAGCGAUCGGCAUUGCUUCGAGUGUUACGGUUAUGACAUAAUUAUAGACAAUAAUUUGAAGCCGUGGCUAGUGGAAGUGAACGCCUCACCAUCGCUCACCUCAACAACAGUUACAGAUCGGAUAUUAAAAUAUAAAUUAAUUGAUAACAUAUUAUCAGUGGUGUUACCGCCGGACGGCGUACCCGAUGUGCGUUGGAAUAAAAUACCCAGUGCCGACGCUUUGGGCAAUUUCGAGCUUCUACUGGACGAAGAGUUAGCAGCUCAGGAAGAACAAGCUCAGAAUUCACAUCCCAAUACAAAGGGAAGGGGCGGUGGUAACCGCUGGAAGUGAUUAUGAAGAUUUUGUUAAAAGGAGAGCGGACUGAUUUUUGGUGUUAAUGGUUAAUUUUUGUUUUGUAUUUUGUAAAGAGAUUUUGUAUGAGUGCACAUACUUAUAUUUGUUAAAAGUUAAUUAUAUGAUAAAAAAAUUAUUAGUGGAAAGAGUAAAAAUAUUUAAUUCGCUGGAAAUGGCAAGAUUUUGGCUAAAAGUUAUGAA